AUGGUUUUUUGUAUAUCAGAAGAAUUUUGGAAAAAUGAUUUUGGUGAUGCUGAUUGUCUUGAUCGGUCUGAUGAAUUUGCUAAUGUUUUAUAUCCAAAUAAUUGUUAUCGAGAUCCAACAUUUCGUUGUGAAGAACAUUUAUGUCGAACAAAUUGGUUUGAUUUUUCAUGUGGAGAUGGACAAUGUAUACAAACGUUUGAUAAAUGUCAUAAUAGACAUCAUCUUUUAUUAAUACAAUUAAUAUCAAAUCAAGGUUAUUUAUCAAAUAAUUGUUUAAUAGCAAUGAUGUGUUUUAUUCAAGUAAUUGAAGAAAUUCAUGAAAUAUUAUCUGAAACAUUAUUUUUAAACAAUUUAAUUAAUGAUUUUAUUAAGAAUUGUGAUUCUAUAUUUCAAUUUCCAAUAAAUCCAAUAUAUAUGAAUCAUAUUCAUCUUUUAUAUGGGUGGGUGUGGUCCGACGAAAUAAAUCACAUUCAGGCAGAUACAGCGCAUAAAAAGCUUUUCAAGUGGUUCUUUGGUCAAGAUUUACCUCCUGAAUUUAUUGCUGGUGGGUUUGCAUAUCAAAAUGGUCAAUGGAAAUACAAUGCGCUCGUAUUUAAUACUAAACAAGAUAUCUAUCAUAAUAAUAAGAAAGAAAUGCCUCUUACUGAGAAACAACUGCUUGGUGGUGCUUUGUCACGACUUUACAUCAAUCAUCGAUGGCAACAAGAUCCAAAUAUUUCCGUACGAGAAAUUUUUUCGUCAAAUGAAGGAUGGCAGCUAUUCGAAUCAGUGAAUACUGUUGUUAACCCGAAUCGUGUUGACAAAGUAAAUAAAUAUGGUCGCGUAGCAACUAUUGGAGUAACCGGCAAAUAUUAUUGUGGUGACUACCUUGAUGUCAUCCGUUGCUGUUGUUGCGAUGGUAGAUGCGGUCCAGGUAAUGGAUGCAAUUGCUCUGGUUGUAUGGAACUUGACAUUGAAAAUCGCAGACUACCGAAAGGGGCAUUGGUCAAUCGAGAUGGUGCACCGGCAAGUCGCAGUCGAAUAGAUGGAAAAACAUUCUAUUGUGGUCGUCCCGUAUUGACACGAACGAAUUAUUGUGAUGGAUACUGUGGACCUAACAAUGGACCUCAAUGCUAUGCUUGCCAAGCACUAAAUGAACAAACGCCACGCUAUAAAACAUUAUUAAAUGAAUACGACUAUACAUAG